AUGACAUUCCUGAUUAGCUCACUCGCAUUGGUGACCAUCAGGUCCUAUAUCACUCUUACUCUCUGUAAGAAAGAGUGGUGGACCUUGACUCCCAGAGGUUACCCAAGAAGUGUUUGUAGCUCUUACCGUAAUCUGAGAUACAGGCUGCCAGUGCUAGACACAAUGUUUGUAAGAAGGAAACAUCGUGGGAAAGACACUGGGCUACUCAUUUUGGAAGACUUUGUGGAUUCCUUUACUGAAGAUCUUCUUGGCCUGCGCUACCCAAUGACAUCCUUCAUGUACACAGCUUGUAAGCAAUAUCUUGAGAAGUAUCCUAUGAAUCAUAGCUUUUUGUGGGAAGUGGAGGGUGCAGGACAUUCUUUCCAGAGAAGAUCUAUUAACUCUGUAAUGCAAAGAGAAAAGCUCAAAACUGCAGGCCAGGCUGCCAUUGACCUUCUUGGUUACCUGUGCACACUACUGGCUCAUAUUCUGUUGGCUAUUGACCAGUUGGUACAGGUCCCUCUCUGCCAAGCAGCUUUCCAGCCGCUCAUCCCCAAGCCAGUGGCAUUGUAUGAGAUGGUUUUGACGCAACCUGAUUCUCAAAAAGGUAAAGAAUCAAGAGAUGUCUAUGCAAGAACAUCUAAAGACCCUAAAAUAGCUCCCGCUGCCAGUUGGGUGCAAGACAGUCAUUUGAAACAUCCCAGGAUAGGAAAAAAGAGCCAGGAAUCUAAACCUGAAACUUCCCAAGAAGUUGAGGAAAAUACUCUUCCUGUAUCAGAAAGCAGGGUGGAGCUUCCUGCACACACAGCUGAAGGUCUUGCUGAAGACUUGGAAGAAGUACCUGAGGAGGAUAGUGUUGAGAUGAAUGAGGUAGCAGUUAUUGAAAAUAAGGGCCGGUCUGUAUCAGAAGCAGAGCUACAUGCAUCGCCCCCUGAGAAACAGAGUGAGGAGGAAACUCCAUCAGAACCUCUUAAUGGUGAGGUCACAGAAAAAACUGGUAAGACUUCACUUACAGCUGAAGAGGAAACAGCAAAUGAAGUUCCUGUUGGUGAAUCAAAAUUGCAGUCUGAGAGUCAAGGAGAAGAACCCCUAACACUGUUUGUUCCAGUAAUUCUUGAAUCUGCAGCAAAACCUUCAGAAGACACUGCAUCAGAGAAGGUUUUAAAUGCAAAUGAUUCAGAAGUGCUGACUGAAGAAAGUACAUUAGUAGAGGAGGUCACUGAAGAACAGCAAGACCCUGAAAAGACCAUCACUGAAGAUGCAGCUGCUCUAGCAUUGAAGGAAGAGCCUUCUGACAAUUGCCUGCCCAACUCUAUGGUAAUCGAAGCAGCAGCAGAAUCUGCUUCUGAAAACAUAUUGCCCAAAACAGCUUCCUCACUGGAAGAUCAAAAUGAGGAGGCAGGACACAACUCGCAGGAGGCCCCUGUUACCUUGACUCAGAGUUCUUUAAUAGUGGUUGAACUUGAGGGUGUUCCUUUUCAGCAGGCUUCUGCACAGGAAGGACAGAAGAACCAGUUGGAAGAACACUUGGAAGAAUCUGUUGAGGUUAAUGAUCAGUACAUGCAGACAACAGUGGAGCGGGCUGCUGACAGCAGCUCUGAGGAAGCAGAAAUUGAGGUACCCAUUGUGGAUCGGAGAAACCUGCGAAGAAAGACCAAAGGCUACAAAGGUCCACCCAAGAAAAAAGGAAAGCUAGCUUAA